UUGCAACUUUGAAAUCAUCGUCAAUGUCGCGGGUGUCCCAACCUCCGUACAUGCUGGGCGAGAGGGCUCCUCCGUCCCACGGGGGUGAUGGCAACAUGAGUUUCCGCCAGGUUCCGUACGUGAGUGUGCAUGCGCGUGUGGAAAAGGGCGUGGCCGUCCGGAAACAUCUGCGCAAGUACUUGGAAUCGAGUGCCGCUUCGCACACGGCCAUGUCCCACCACUUGCUCAACGACGCGCACAUAGUAUCGAUGCAACCGGACGAGAUCUCCAAGACGUGCAUGGACGAAGUGUUCCGCAUGUUGCACAAGUAUAACCAUACCGUGGGCACCAAGAGCGUCGAGGUCAGCCGGUCCCUGUCGGAGCUCGCGGCGCCGCUCGACAACUCGGGAAAACUGAAGAAGUGGAACAAAGACACGUACAACCUUGUACACACACCCGAUCCUAUCCAACUCUCCCCCUCUUGUACGACUCACGAGCAUCGUUAGAUUCAAAAAUGCGUCCAAGACGUCGCCGCCGCAGACAAAAAGAUGGAGCGAGCGAUCGCGCGGCGGAACAAAGCCAUGGAGGACCACGCGCAGUGGAGGCGCGUCGUGGAGGCCAACAAAGCGACGUUGGCGACACAGCCGACCAACCAAGAGUGCAUGCGCGCCGUCAACACGUCUCAAACAAGGGCCAUCGCCGCGGCCGAAGACGAGCGCGCGGCAGGCCAAGAGUACGAAGAUGCCAAGUCGGCGCUGCACAGCGCGAUUGAACAUCGUGAUGACAUGGUGGAAGGCGCGACGGAAGCCAGUCAGAUGGCCGAGGACGACCGCCUCGAAACCAUGACGUUGAUCUUGCACCAGUUUGUGCAGACGAAACAAGCCGCACUUGUAGCUGAAAUGGAAGCGCUCAAGGAACUGGCCAAGGUCGUGGGGUCGUUGGAUCGCAAUGCGGCGCUGCAGCAGUACAUUGUGGACCACAUGCAGCCAGACAUCACGCACCGCCACUCGAAGGCCAUGUUCCUCGUGGAAUGGCACUGGAAGUGGCACCUCGAGCGCGUCGAACUCGCCAAAUCCGAGCCUGAAGACUACUUGAACCUCACGUCCGACUCGAUCCGGUGCCUGCAAGAGCACAACAUCACUGUAUUUGACGUGGAAGUGAUGAAAGAGUUUGUCGCGUCCUGCUUUGUGACCCCCGACCUCUCGCGCAUGAUCGGCAGCGAACGGAAGGUCCCCACGAAGCACCGCCAUCGGUUCGUGGACCCGACGGCCGGCCGCGCCUUGUACCGUCUGGACGUCGUCCGCCAAGUGAUUCUAGCGGCGCUCAACCACCAACGCGCGUUUGGGGUCGAGUUGACGGUGGUGGGGUAUGAGAUGCUCGUGGCGGCGCUGACGCUUCUCUUGCACGGAUGUUUGGAGAGCGGCGACACGAGAUGCGCCAAGUCCGUCAUGAACAUGGCGCAGACGUUCUACUGCACACACAAGCACAAGCAGCACUACCUCCUCCCCAACCUCGUCCUGCAUCCGCUGUGGCAGACUGCGCACUUUUGGGGCGACGCUGUGCUGCUCGGCAUUGGCGAGGAGCUAAGCCGGCAUUCAUUCGACACGCCAUGGCAGUGUCUGUCGGCGUCGGCGCGAGCGGCGUUGGUUGUGACGGUGCACAACGUCGUGUUUGGCCAGCUCUCGACGUUCGUGUACAACAUGGCGUCGUUUCGGCUAUCGCGGCACCAGAUCCGCCAGUUUGUGCAAACGGUGGCCUUGUCGUUCGAGUUGAGCGAAGACCAGCGCAUGGCGCUGCUGGCGGCGGUGGCGGCGCUGUCGAUUGAGAACGAAGAGGACGGGCGCGCCAUCUUGGGAGGAGACGCGGCGCUGUUUACGACCGCCAUCUUCCCCGAAUGGCGCAAGACGGCGCCGCCAAAAGACACGGCCAUGCAAGCGCUCGUGGGGCACGGACUGUCGCGCAUCAAGGGCAUCUUUGACCGAGACAUGGACAAAGCGUCGUCGCAAGUGCUACUGGCGAAUGCCCAGAAAGCCAAGAAUGAUGAUCAGUGGGCCGACUUGUUUGGCGAUGUCGCACCACCGACUCGUUUGCAUGGAGAUGCUGCGAUGAUGCCGCCGCCACCUCUGGUCGAGCCGCCUGAGAUGAUGGAAUCGACAGGACGAAGAGGGGACGAAGGCACAAAGUCCCUCCGACGGCGACCCAAGAGCAACAAUGCCAUCAGUGACUUCAUCCCGCCGAUGCCGAUGGGUCCUCCGCCGCCUGCGCUAAUGUCGCCGAACGAAGCAUCAACCAAGAAGCAGAGGCCGCGAAGCAGCAACAGCGUCAUCUUGGCCGAAGCUGCGUUCGAAAUGAAACCGUCUAGUAGUACUAGUAGUAGUAGGACUGGCCAGCCUAGUACUAGUACUAGCAGGAACCGGACCAGUGCCGACAGCUCGGAUGACGACGUGUCUACACCUGCACGGCAACGACGACCUCGAGCGAGAUAUGGCGAUGCCACGGGCGUGGCGGCCUUGCGCUCGCGAUUUGAGCGCAUGCAAACCAUGUGAUAAGACAACAUGCCGCGAUAUAGAGAUGGUGCUUUUGGUUUACAUGGUGGAUCGUAUGGGAAACUUAAUUCUUGGGCUUGGUGGCGGACGAUCCAAAGUAUGCCGACGGCAUCCGGAACUUCGCCUCACCCGCGCCAUACUGAAACAACUGACCGCACACGGGCAUGACGUCCCACUGCAGCUUGAGCGUGACGUCGGCAUCGCGGAGUUGGUUGGUCUCGUCGGCCAAGAAGUACUUGACGUUUUCGUCGGCGAACUGCAGGCGGGCAUCGGCGCGCGUGGGGACAAUGGCGUCCCAGACGACCACCUGGUUCACCACGUUCGAUGCGCUCGUGUACUCAGCGACGACGUACACAAACAACUGCUUCGUGUUCCAGUUGAACACGGACGACAGGUCCGCGUCCAGGUCAAACGUCAGCACGGCGCGAUCGGUCUUGUCGCGGUAGUUCCGCAAGGAUUGCACCUGGUUGAGCGCGAGGGUGUGCACCAAGGGAGAAGGUGUGUGCAGGAACGUCGUAAGUGUCGUCAACGCGCACAUGGUGUACAUCGCCGUGAAGGCCGCCAUGAACACGGCAUUGGCCCGCGUCCAGAACGUGUGCAUGUAUGGUGGUGGAA